AUGUACGAGACGUCAAUUCUCCCUGCUGUUAACCCGGAUGGGCGCUUCUUUUCCACCCGUUCCCAGCCUGGUGACAGCUUGUCAUGUAAUGUACCACCAGGCUGGGAACGGGUGGAAAAGAAGCGCCCAUCCGGGUUAACAGCAGGGAGAAUUGACGUCUCGUACAUAUCACCAGGAGGAAAAACUGUAAGCAGCAAAGGCGAUCUAGAGAAGUACAUACGGAAAAAGGGUCUGAAACUGGAUGUUAACGCUUUUAAUUUUUCAGCUGGUGCGAAAAAGAAGGGUCGCACCAUGUCAUCUGCUGAAAGCUCUACAAGUCAAAGCCCUAACAGUGAAACGUCAAUCACCACUCCAAUUGAGAGUUUAGAUGGAACUGAAAGUGUAACAGAUUCCUGCAUAACUCCACAAGAAUCCCAAUCAAACUAA